GGAGCAGGUGACACUGUCAGGAGAUCGCAGAGCAUCGCUGCUAGAGCUGUAGGAGAAGGGUCAUGGAGCAGUACUUCUCAGCCACGCAGAAGAUGGAGCAGGAGGUGAUGUUCCCCAGCCUGCUCCGAGGGGUCUUCCCGGAGCAGGAGGGGGCAGCCCCGGCCGCCGAGAGCCGCACGGACCUGUACGAGCGCUACCAGCUGCUCAAGGCCAUCAAGCCCAUGGUGGAGAAAGGCCUGGCCUGUGUCGAGGACCAGAGCCCCAGCGGUGCCGACAGCGACGUGGACGCAUCCUCGGACAGCAGCGAGGCCGGGGAUGCCCAGCUCGAGGAGCGCCUGUCCCACCACCUGAGUGGCCUGCAGCAGGUCCUCACCCACCUCACCAGGGACACCAACGCCCUGACCCGGAGGUACAGCCAGAUCCUGGAGGAGAUCAACCUUAGUGAGGAUCAGUCCAGCUCUUGAGCCUGCACUUCCCAUCUCUGAGGGUCUGUCGUCCAAGCCCAGUGGCGCUUCUUCUCCUGCACCAAGUCCCACCGAGGAGCAGCGCAGAGCUUGGCCGUCUGCCUGCUGGGUGCUGCCUGUACCAUCCGACUCAUCCCACAGCUGAUCCUGCCAGCAAGCUUCCUUUCACUCCUGUCCUAGGGGGAUUUCUGCAGGGAAGAAAUGAGUGGUUUGUGUAGCUGCUCUGUUGAAGGCAUCUGUAACUUUGAAGUGAUGCUUUUUUCUGUGUGUGCCUCCAAACCAUUCUCUUUGGUAAUGUAAAUGAAAUUCAAAGCCUUGUGCA